AUCUCGGUAAUAAGAGUACGCUUACUUUCGGUUUGAAAUCGGUUUUGAAACUGAGUUGAUUGAUGUCUAUUUCGUGUAACCCGUAUUUGUAUCAAUCUUCAUCAUUAAAAUAAACCUACACGUGUCGCCAACCUGUCCAAGAAUAUUUGGUUAAUAAUUAGUUUCAGGCAAGAGGAAAAUAUACAACAUAUUGAAAAGUACAUUCGAAAGUAGGUCAGCAUUACAAAGACUUUCCAACGGAUUGUGUCAGAAAAACAGGGGUAGGCCAAAUGCCCAAAGUUGCUAUAUGUCCGCAUUUGAAGGCGACUUGAAGAUAGGGGCCGUAUUCUCGCUGGCAAGUCCCGAGAAGGACGAGACUGAGGUCACAUUCGAGAUCGCCGGGCCGAAAGAGGGCGUCACUAUGGUGACCUACAAUAACAACAGUAAUGAUAGCAAUGACGAGACGCCUACCGUUGGCGACAAUAUGACGACACUGGGGAACGAGAUUACGUCAUUCGUUAACAACAUGACGUCAUCAGUGAUGUCAACGAACGCAAAAGAAGCUUCAAAUGACUCUCGGAUCCCAGAAACAGAGUCUGUUCCGCUAGCUGAGGCCCAGACGUUUACGAAGGAAAAGAAAAACGACGAGAUUACUCCGACGUUGUCGACGUUGCUACGAAAGCCGGUAAAGGCGCCGUUUAUUGGCGUCAAUUUUGCCGUCUCAACCGGAUGCGAGGAUGUUCAUGCGCCUCCGUGUCUCCUUAAGGAAAGCGUCAAAACGUUUUCGUACGAGGAUUUCGCGGGGAAUCUUGAAAGCAUCGCUCCGCCAGUUUUGCAUCCGGAAGUGCUGGCGCUCACCAAUUUAAAGGGCACAAAACAUAAUGCUGACUCAAGUCCGUCGCCGGAAAAGAAGCGAAAGAUCGAUCCCUCUUACAUCGUGCUCACUAGCAUAGAUCCCUGGCUGGGAACGCGGAGUAGCGUCCCCUGCAUAGACUUCGCGCAUGCGCAGAACGAAUGCACUAACAUGUGCAAGAAGAUAAGCUUUAAACGUCGACUGGCGCGCGGCGAUGACGUAUUCAAUGUUAAAACGCCGAGCAAGCAAAAGGAUUACCAGGUGUAUCUUGAGAAGUACGAGAAAGCUCAAGAGGUCAAUGCACCUCAGAAACCUGGAAUAGGAAUAUCGAUCAAGGAUCUUUUGAACAGACAGGAUAAGGGAAUACUGAGAGGGUCAAAGGGUCCGGCGAAGAGAUACUCGAAUCGGGUACGGAGAACCGUCGUUCAUGUUCCUGUCGACUUUAAAACGUGGAAUGCGACUCCGGAGCAAGCCAGAUCGGUAAUCAUCGACGACGCGAAAAAAAUGUUUGAAAACAGGGAGGAAGAACUUUUGGCGGAAAAACGAGCAAGAGAAAAAGUCUAUGAACUUGAAACGCUUGGAAAAUUAAUUGAAAUCAACCGGAAGGGGAAAAAACGGUUGAAGAAAUUGAAGAAAGCCGUGAAGAAAAAUACUGUUCCGACUGAAGGAACGAUUAGCCUAUGUGGCCGGGUAAGAAAGUCAAAUCCGCGUUACAGUAGCUUUUUCGUGGAUAACAUUGAGGUGGAAGAGAAAGAAGUCAUCGCAGACAUGAUGACAAAGAUAAAGGCCGCGCGUGAAGUGUGUUCGAGGAAGUUUAUCAUGGAAGAAGAGCGGUACAGCAAAGAAGUCUUAAAGAAUUCUAACCUGGAAGUGGCACGAAAACACAAACAGAAAAUUGACAUUGUUAUUGAACGUGUUGACGAGGUCGAGCAACCCGAAGUAGCGGAAAGCAAGCCAACGAAAGGAAAAGAGAAACCCAAAGUAGGGGACAAUAAGAGAGUGAAACAUGGCAGGAAACGCGUUAUUAAAAGUAUCUGCAAGCGAAGGGAAGCGAUGCGUAACGGAAAUAGCGAGCCAAGCGUCUAUGCCCAGAGCAGUAGUGAAAGAAAAGCGACGCCAGACGGUGUUCUCAUACAAAACCUUCCUAAUGAAAGCUCCUACGUGCGUAGCUUGCUGACAACAAAAUCGUUUUCGCACGAUCUUUCGCGAGUGAAAUCCGAAACGCUAGAUAGUGACGAGGUAAACAAACAUGCGGCUACGUCAUCAACCGCGAUGACGCUACAAGUUCGAGUCAAAUCGGAGCCAGUGGAUAACGGUUACGAACAGGCGAAUGACGCUCUUUUUGCAGAACAGUUCAAGAAAUUUAAAGUGCCUGAUAAGGUCAAGCAAUUGUUCAUUAAUAAAACCCGGUUACAAAUUCCGACGGCGUCUGCAGCUCCUCUUUCCGGCGCUGCCUCUGGUGGUGUAGAUGUCAUUCAUCCUAGAGAUUGGACUGCCCUCGAAACCUCAACGCAAUACCCUGUGUUAUCUCGACCCGUCGUCUCAACAACGUCCACAGAGACGCUUUCUCCUCCCAAGCCCUCAAUCCGUGGCCGUCCGCAAUCACCGUUGAAUGAAAUGUGGAAAAGCCAACAGACGGUCGCUGACCUGCUUCGAACGAAAUUAGCAUCUAAACCGCCGUUAUCUCACGCCACACAUACAAUAUCGAACAUGUUACAUAACAAACACCACUAUCAUGUGCCAUCUCCGCCGGUGUCGGUGAUUUUACCAAAACCCAACAUGAGGCCGCAGGUGAUGUUCAUUCCGGUAACGACUACCGGGAAAAUAGUCUCGAGCGGCGUGAUUCGGGCACCCGUACAUCCCCGCUUCCCGUUGACAGCUAGAUCUUUAGUACCAGUGUCACUUAACGGCCAAAAUGUGUCUUCGGGCGUUACCCGCCAUGCGUCACCGGUGUUUAAAGUAGAAAAUAAUUUGAAGUCGUCCCCGCAGCCGCAGCAGAAUGUGACCGUUGUGUACCCGAUGCCCCAACCAAGUACACCAGUGCAGUCGGUGGCGAGUAACCGGGCCUCGUCCUUAACCUCCACUAGCACGCGGUCCACUGUGUUACUCACAACUAGCUCAGAGCCCAAAAAAGUAUUAAAAGUAUUCCCGCCGGUGCCGACAACCCAUAAAACAAACGACGCAGGUGUUAAAACAGUUUCCGUUACUGGCUCAACGUGUUCAGUUACAGCUAACCCAGCUACACCCAAUACCAAUGCUAAAUUCUAUUUGCUGAAGGUCGACGGUAAGAAUAUUCUCAUUCCGAUGGCAACGGACGGCCCGCCCAUGGCUUACGUCAUAGACGGGGCUGCGUCUCUAAAGUCAAACGCGUCGACGUCAAUUACGUCACCGAUAGCGUCCGCCACUACGAGCAUUACCCUAUUCACGACAACGACAACAACCGUACCGUCUGUUGGUGCAAAUAAUAGGUUAGUGAUUCAAUCGACUGCGACGUCAAGCGUUGUCAACUCUCAAGGUCCGUCGCAAACAACGUUUACUCAAAAGGUUCAGACACCCAAAACAUCGCAAUCGGCAUUACGUUAUACAACUGUUGUGUCGACAAAACCGAAUCAGACCAAGCCCUCUUUUGUUCCUAUUACCAGCCAUAACAACACAAUCAUGGUGCAGCUGCAGACUCUGUCCACGAAACCGCUGAAUAAGAACUUGAAUUAUGUCGUCUCCCAGAAAACGUCAAUUGGUGAUGAUUUAAAGAGAAUAGCAGUGGCAACAUCUGCAAAUGAAACAAUCUCAAAUUCAUCUCUUACGACCACUUCCAGCGGAGCUCACAUUGCUCAAAACAAGACAGAAACGCACGAGUUUGGCGCCACGAUGUCAACGUCUGACGUUAAAGAGAAACGCGACGUUAUCGAGACGUCGCCGUUUUUGGUGGGUGUAACAGGGAGAGAAGAGCGACUGAGAAAACUUAAGGAACUGUUCAAAGAGAAACAGAAAGCUGUGGAUGAAAUUCGGCAACAAAUAGGGAUGUUGUGACGACAUUUCGGACGUUUAUAUAUUCGGAUAAGCGGUUGAAAACUUCGCUUGCGUAUGCAGGCCCAGAAUUGUGUUCACAUUUUUGUCGUUUAUUAUAAAUUGUUUAAGUGAAUAAGUAUAGCGAUAGAUUUUUCAUAUGACGUAAAUGUUAAAAAACCCUGUAAAUAAUUUAUUAUAAUAUGGGUCAUAUUUAAAUGUUUAACUGCUUUUUAAGGCCCUGAACAUUUUGGUGACUAUAUGAGUCGCAUUCUGAGAAAACUGGGCUUAAGGCAUGUACGUAAAGUGUCGUCCCAGAUUAGCUUGAGCAGGCCGCACAGGCUAAUUAGGGACGACACUUUCCGCAUAUAAGACAUUUUUCGUUUGAAUGAAGUCUCUUAGCAAAAAUCCAGUUUAGGCGGAAAGUGUCGUCCAUGAUUAGCCUGUGCGGACUACACAGUCUAAUCUGGGAUGACACUUUACGCACAUGCAUUAUGCCCAAUUUUAUCAGAACACAACUCAUAUUUACUUGUAUUCUGACUAUGUCAUACCAACGCAUAUUAAAAGCUGAGGUACAAUAUAACACAUUCGGCGAAAUAAAACAACAUCCGUGUAUACAUUAAUCAAUCAUUAAUCUUACCGUCAACCUUCAAUAGUUUGAUCUUGUUCUUUGUUCUUAGUGUUAUUUGAAUCAUUUCCUAUAUGUCUUAAACAAAUGAGAUGCACUUUUGUUGUGCUAACCGUAGCAAGUCAAUUUGGUGAACGAUGUAAGAAGAGACAAUGUCCCGGAACCUACAUCGUUAAAUUUCACGUCUGCAAAUGUGUACUUUGAAAUGACAUUUUGAGGGCUGGUUUCGAAAAUGUUGCAUAUUUUGUGAAAUUAUUAAGUAGAUGCACGCACAACUGUUUUUAAUCAACUUUAGUUUUUAAUCGUAUGACUAAUAAAAAUCAUCUCAUCA